AUGGCAUACGUUCUGUUCAGUGUUUCCGUCUUCUUCAUUGUGGUAGCCACUGCAUUGUUCCUGACACGGUCUCAUUGGCGGCACCUCGUUCCUGAAAUUCGCCUGCCUGGCGCAGGCUACAUCUACUCUCGACUGCCCGGCAGUUUCGCUGGCGAUAUUGAGGCCGGCCUUUCGAGCAGCAACUUUGAUCUCACUGGCAAUAUGGAAUCAGGAGACAGUCGUGCCGGGCUUGACGAUGCAAGCAAAGCCGAAGUUCUAAAAAUCAUGAAGAGGAAGAGGAUGACGUUUGAUCAAGCUCGUAAAGCUUACAUGGAGAACCGAUUUAAAGCGAACGGGAUAGGCCCUGAUGGGCGACCAAGGGAUCCCAAGUUUGUCAGCUUUUCUUGA